AUGAGGGACGACGAAGACGACGGAGAGUCUCGGCCUUCAGAGAGGAUCCACACCCAUGUGGACUCUGCUGUGUGUAGUUGCACACGGCUGUGUGUGCACAAAGUGUGUAUUUGUGUGUGACUGAAGAGUGUGUGUGUGUGUGUGGGGGGGGGGUCCACAGGAGUUUUUUGUUUUUUCAUUUUUUUGAAGCGAUCAGACGGAAACUCUCGGCCAGCUCGUUAUUUUUAAUCUAGGACUACAGCACCGCCUCCUGUCCCUCCCUUUAACGUCCCACACAGAGGUGACCCUUCAUCACGCUCGCCAUCAUGGCCGCCAGUGUAAACACGACCCCCCUCUGUGUUCUCAGAAUAAAGACAGACAGGAGGAAAGGAAACCACGUCGAGUCCAACGGCUGUUUCUGUGGAGAUAUGUGGGUCCGAAGAAGAAAAGAAAGAAACACAGACAAAAACAGCGACCACCGGGGGGCGACAGGGAGUGGCGAGGGGGAGGGCAGUAUGGAUCCUUAGUGCAAUGGAGGCCAGAGGAGCGGCCGGCGGCGCAGCCUCAACGCUGGAACAGCCGCUCGCUCUGGGAGGGCGUGGUCAGCUCUUCAGCUGUGGGUCUGUGGGCUUCAUCGACUCUCAGCAGGAAGGAGGAGUAG